AAAUUUUGACGUAUCAAUUUAAUUUAUCGAACGACUAUAGAAGUGUACGUGUACUAUGUUAUUUUAUCGUGUCUUUCUGUAAAAUUAUUACUCACGUUCUAUAGUAAGAACGAGGUUUUCUUUUGUCUUGAUAUUAUUCGGAAAUAUCUACAACUUUAGUAUUAUUAAGCUCUAGCGUAAAUUCUGCAUAAGUUAAAUUAAAAUAGUUCUUUAACUCCGACUAGCACUUGUUUGUUUUCAUCUACUCUCGUUAGGAUGUGCGGUUCCGAUAAGAAAUUGGGUGAAAUACGUGCCCUCAUCCUUGUUGGUGGUUAUGGAACUCGAUUGAGACCGUUAACUUUAAGUAGGCCUAAACCUUUAGUAGAGUUUGCAAACAAACCCAUUCUACUACAUCAGAUAGAAGCACUUGUCGACGCUGGCGUAACACAGGUGAUUUUAGCGGUUUCUUAUAGAGCAGAGGAUAUGGAAAAGGAGUUGACUGAAGAAGUAUCAAAACUUGGAGUAUCAUUAACAUUUUCUCAUGAGACUGAACCAUUAGGCACUGCAGGUCCUUUGGCAUUAGCACGGGAACUGCUCAGUACUAGUCCUGAACCAUUUUUUGUAUUGAAUUCUGAUGUUAUUUGUGAGUUUCCAUUUAAAGAACUUGCAAGGUAUCACAGGAGUCAUGGUAAGGAAGGUACAAUAGUAGUCACAAAGGUGGAAGAGCCAUCAAAGUAUGGUGUAGUUGUAUAUAAAGAGGAUGGACAAAUUGAAAGCUUUAUUGAGAAACCACAAGAAUUCAUUUCAAACAAAAUUAAUGCAGGAAUGUAUAUAUUGAAUCCCUCUGUUUUAAAUAGGAUAGAACUUCGUCCAACUUCAAUAGAAAAAGAAGUAUUUCCUUUUAUGGCUAAGGAUGGCCAGUUACAUGCUCUAGAGUUACAAGGAUUUUGGAUGGAUGUGGGACAACCUAAAGACUUCUUAACAGGAAUGUGUCUAUAUCUAACUAGUUUGAGACAGAAAAAUUCAAGUCAACUCUAUGAAGGUUCUGGAGUAGUAGGCAAUGUAUUGAUUGACCCCACAGCUACUAUUGGCAAAGGAUGUCGUAUAGGCCCCAAUGUUACUAUUGGACCUGGUGUCAUAAUUGAAGAUGGUGCAUGUAUAAAAAGAAGUACAAUCCUUCGCGGAGCUUGUGUCAGACAGCACGCUUGGCUAGACGGUUGUAUAGUAGGAUGGCGAUCUGUCGUUGGGCGCUGGGUGCGCAUGGAAAACUGUACGGUCCUUGGUGAAGAUGUUAUAGUUAAAGACGAGAUCUACGUUAAUGGAGGCCAGGUACUACCACAUAAGUCUAUUCAGUUGUCAGUACCUGAGCCACAAAUUAUAAUGUAAAGACUGGUUUUGUGAAGAGAAAUAUACAAGUUGUAUCUAUUGUACAGCUAUGGUGACAAAAUAUUGUAUUUUUUGUCAUUUACAUAGGAAUCAUAAUAUUUUGAUUAAUUUAUCUAUUUAGGAAGCUCUAAAUGCAAUUUUUGUGUUCACACUGGAUUUGAAUUUAAAACAUUAAUAUGAUCCUAUUUAUAUGAUAGCAGAAAAUACCCUAGUGUAUAAAGUAGUUAAUUAUGUAAGUGCAAUAAAAAUUAAGUUCAUAGAUGUAUAUACAUUUUUUGGAUGGGCACUAAUAGAUUCGAGUACGGUUUUUAUCCACAUUAUGAUCAGCAAGUACUGCCUAAGAUUGGAUAUAAAUACUAUAAGUCAACUCUGUUAUUUUUACAAAUGCCUAAAGCACCCAAAAAUUAAAGAUAAUAUAAUAUUGCAUAAUGUAUUUAACAUUUUUUUGUUCAAAUUUUUCGUUAAAAAGAUAAGCUCAAAAUCUAGUUUGAUGCUCAAUGUAUCUAUAAUAUUUGCAGAAGACACAAGUUUUUAAAUAGUUUAAUAUCCACAAUAAUAUAAAAACUUACUUCUAAUUUUAUAUAAGAAUUGUAAAUAAUAUGUAACACAAUUCUAAACAUUAUUUAAGUUAGUAUUAACUUGUUAAGUAAGGCUUUUUUAUAUACACAGAUUUGUUAAAAAAAAUUAAAUGUAAUAUUUAUUAAGUUAAAUUUCCUGCUGUGCAAGUGUUAUUACUAGAACAGAAAAAAGUACUGGUUAAUAAUGUAAAUUUAAUACAAC